AUGACGUCACAUUCCAGGACCAUGGACCAGCAUCUUCUGGUCCUCUCUUUGAGCAUUCUCUUUAAAUAUUGCUUAAAAGGGUUGGCAUGGUUAACACAGAAAAUGCCCUCGGCUCCCGCUCUAGACAAAGCUAGGUGUCCAAGCACCAGCGUUUUGCCUGCUAAAAACUUGACAGUUACAGCAGCGUGGCUCCACCCUGGUCAUCAUCCCAGCGAAAGGUUAAUGUGGACCCUGGGGAAACAGCUGAGGCUGAGGAGGGUGUGCACCCUGCUCUUGUGGGACACAGGCAGAGAGGUGGGUGUCCUCUGUGAGUUAGAGAUGAACAUGGACUCGGGAAGAUCGCAAACAGGCGGGAAGAACCAGUUUGGUUUGCAGGGCAGCAUCAGAGACUCCUCUUUCGCAGGAAGUGACAUUCAAGGAGAAUCUAGAAGCCUGUGUGGGGUUUCAGUGGGUAAAGAAGAGGGACGAGCAAAUGGACAGCACUGUAAUCCUCAGCUAGAGAGAUCAUGGGAGACUGGUGGGGAGUGUGGGGACAGAAAAUUGCCAAGGGUCUGGAAGUUUCUGGACACCAAGGAUACCAGGGCACUAAGGGUUGCCACAGUGAUAACACAUUCUCUCUCCCCCCAGACCCUGUUGGCCAGAGCGCUUUAUGACAACCAUCCCGAUUGCUCUGAUGAGCUGGCUUUCUCCAGAGGGGACAUCCUGACCAUUGUGGAGCAAAAUGUGCCAGAAAGCGAAGGCUGGUGGAAGUGUCUACUCCACGGGAGGCAAGGCCUGGCUCCCGCCAACCGCCUCCAAGUCCUCAAAGAGAACCCUGCAGACAGAGCCUGUACCCUGCUCCUUGGAGGCCUGGACACAGAUCUUACCAGCUCAGAGGCGCUCUAUCAGGUGCCCAGCUUGUUCCGCCCACCACCCCCGGGGCCUGUAUAUGAGCAGAUGAAGAGCUGGGUGGAGGGGCCGCCUCCAGCUACUGCCCAAGUCUACGAAUUGCCUGCCUCACCUUCCAGUGCCAGGAUCAUCUGUGAAAAGACUCUGACCUUCCCCAAACAGACCCUCCACAUGCUUCCCAGACCUGCAAGGGCCUCGCUGCCGACUCUGCCUUCCCAGGUGUACGACGUUCCUGUCCAGAGCCGGAUCUCCUCAACCCUUAAAAAUCCAGAGAGACAGCAGUUCUACGACAUACCCACCAGCUCCCAGAAGGCAUCACUCCACUCCUCUGCCAGCCUGGCGAGUGGCCAGAGGGUUGUGCUGACACCAGCAACUGCCUUCAGACAAGGUGGUGGCUACAACACGUUAUCCAGCCCUCAGCAAUCAGAGUGGAGGAACGACGCUCCAGUGUUGCUGGGAAAGGCCGACGUCAGAAAAGCACCUCUGACCAGCUUCACCAGAGAGUCGGGGUCCAGUGCCAAUCCUGGAUGCCCAUCCGCUGUGUGCAUUGGAGCUGUGACUCUCUCCCCACAGCUGGAGAGCAGAGUGCAGAAGAAAAGCAGCCCCCCAGAAGAGCCUUCCUACGCUGUUCCAGCACCCAGAGACUCACUCCCUUCAGAUGCGGGCAGCAGCUACAGCGUCCCUUCCAGAUUUCUCAUUCCCAGAGUGGAGCAACAGAACACCAAGCCCAACAUUUAUGACACUCCCAAAGUCAUGCAUGGUGUGUCUCAGACUGGGAAGGAGCUGGAGGAAAUCAAAGAGGUUCCAGAGACUAUCCCCUGGAUCUCCAGACAGCCAAAUUCCCUGUCUCCUGACUCAGACCAAUUAUCCGUUGCCAGCUCAGACAGCAGAGCUAGUAUGGUGUCUUCGUGCUCCUCCGUGUCCAUGGACUCCUCCCCCAGCACCUCCUCCGAGGACUCUGCGAAGGAGUUGUGGAUGGACGUCGAUUUUGCCAAAGAGACGGCAAUGGCCCUGCAGCACAAAGUGGCCAGUUCUGCAGCGGGCCUGCUGCUCUACGUAAGCAGGACUUGGAGGUUCAGAGACUCCUUGGAGACCAACAUCCACAUGAUCCGCAGGGCCGCGGACCACAUCGAAGAAUCCUUAAGAGAGUUUCUGGAUUUUGCCCAAGGGGUUGGUGGGACUGCCAGCAAUCUCACUGACAGCCAGCUUCAGGCUAGGAUUAGAGAUCAGCUUCUAAUAAUCUCGGGUUCCUACCAGAUUCUGCUGGAUGCAAAGGGGAACCUAGACCGCUGCAACUGGCCCCUUGAUGUUCUCGUGACGGACAAAGUCCAAAACAGCCUGGAUGACCUGGAGAGGUUUGUCAUAGUGGCGAGGAUGGUUCCAGAAGAUGUCAAGAGAUUUACCUCCAUUGUCAUUGCCAACGGACGGCUCCUUUUUAAACAGAACUGUGAGAAAGGAGAUACGGAGCCAAAGUGCGAAAGAUGCAUCCAGCCUCCUCAAAGAGAAACCGAGUCAAACGAACACGACCUUCAGAUAGUAAAGAAAAGCAGAGUGACUGUCCAUGGACAGAAGCCACCUAACCCACAAGAGAAAGGAGAGCCCAUGUUGGAACAAAGGCUGGAUGAAAACAAAGAUUUCCAUGCCACGAGCCCUAGCUCUCUUCCCUCUCCUGCUCCCAAUCGGCAGGACGCAGACAGGAAGAUCCACCUGUCCGAGCACUGCAGGCUCUAUUUCGGAGCACUAUUCAAAGCCAUUGGCGUCUUUACCAGCAGCCUGAGCAACAGCCAGCCCCCCGAGGUCUUCAUCACUCAGAGCAAGCUGGUUAUCACAGUUGGGCAGAAGCUGGUGGACACACUGUGCAAGGAGACCCAGGACAAGGACGAACGCAAUGAGAUCCUGCGUGGCAGCAGUCACCUGUGUGGACUGCUCAAGGACCUGGCGCUGGCCACCAAGAAUGCGGUGAUUAAGUACCCGAGCCCGAGCGCCCUGGGCUGCCUCCAGACAGAGGUGGAGAAACUAGAGCAUCACACUCGGAAAUUCAGAGAGACAUUGGAAUGAAGCCUUUUCUAACACCUCCUAGAGAGGUCAACUCCCGGCUAGCUCUGCACCUACAAGUGGUGUCUCUGUCCUGUGGAAA